UUUUACUUUUAUUCUUUUGAAAAAAAAACAAUCAAAUUUAUCUCAUUAUUCGUACAAAUUGUUUUUUUUAUCGAAUAACAAUAGAAAAUAUGUCAAUAAUAGAUACGAUACUUAAUUCGUCAUUUACAAAUUUGAUUAUAAUCGGAAGUUAUAUUUUUGGAGGCUGUUGCAGUAAUGUUAUUGCUUUGGAAUUGUUAGUUGGAUGUAUUUUUUCCCCUUAUUCACUCAAAUUCUUUUUUUUUUUAUUUCACGUGUCUUCAAUAAAUAUAGUGUGUCUCCAAAAAGUGGAAAUUUGUUCACACUUGCUCAAUUUUUAUUCAUAUCAUGUGAGGGAUUAUUUCAUAAUCUAGAAUUUCCAUCCUCAUCACCAUUUCCACGUUUAAAAAAACGUACAGUACCAGCCCAUAGAUGGUUCUUUAUGGUACUUCUAUUUUUUACAGUAUCAGUGUUAAAUAACAUUGCAUUAGGAUACAAUAUUUCUGUUCCUUUGCAUAUUAUAUUUCGUAGUGGAGGAUUAAUUGUUAGUUUGAUAUUAGGUUGGGCUAUUGGAAAAAGAUAUUCAAUUAAACAAGUAAUAGCAGUAGUGAUGGUCACAAUGGGAGUUAUCUGUGCAACAAUAAGUUCCGCAAAGACAAAUACCAAGGAAGGAGAAAAUUCUGGAAGUAUGACAGAUUAUGUGAUCGGUAUCACUCUUCUUUCUAUUGCGUUAGUAUUAUCCAGUUUUAUGGGUCUUUAUCAAGAAGUGACUUACGUAAAAUAUGGAAGUAAUUGGCGUGAAGGGUUAUUUUACACACAUUUUUUAGCACUUCCACUUUUCUUGAUAUUUUAUUCAGAUAUCAAAGGUCAGAUUCUAGAAUUUAAUCAAUCGAUUCCAUUAACGUUAGAUGAGAUAUUUAAUGUAUCUCCUAUCAAUAUUUAUCUAUCAAGUGGAAUGAAUAGUGUGUUUAAAACUUGUACGGUUCCAAGAUCAUGGGCUUAUCUCAUCAUGAAUAUACUAACUCAAUAUUUUUGCGUUGGAGGUGUACAUAGAUUAAAUUCUAUAGCAACAGCAUUAACCUUAAAUUUAGUAUUAAAUUUACGAAAAUUCACUUCAUUAGUAAUUUCAGUUUGGUUAUUUGAUAAUGAUUUCCAUAUUGGAAUGGCCAUUGGAGGUUUAUUAGUAUUUUUUGGUACUUUGCUAUAUUCUUUCGGGAGUAAUAAGAAUUCUUCAAGUAAUAUGUUAAAAAAGAAAGAAGAUGUUUCUGUUGAUGCAUCAACAUUAAAGAAAAAUGACAUAUUGAUAGAGGAGGAUAAGAAAAAUAUAUGAAAGAGACGUUAUAUAUAUUAGAUUAAAAUAAUUCUUGGAUUGCUAGUUGCAUCCAAUGAAUUGCUAUAGAAAAUUUUGCAGAUUAUUUAAUUUUUUCAAUUUUUUUUUCAAUUUUUUCAAUAUUUCCAAUUUGCAUUCAAUUUGUAACACAUUAACUGCUGUAUUUUAUUGCUAAAAUAAAAAUAUAUAGAAGUU